GAACAGCAAAGAAAGUAGACCAAGCACGUCGAUGUAUACCUGGAGUUCGGAUUUCCGAAUGUUUAAUAGUACUUGUCUCUAACAGUUUGAAUUAUUAAAAUGUCAUUUCUACACAUUUAUUUUUCUCUAAUUAAACAAGCUCUGAAACAGCUACCUAGUUUCCACUAGUUUCCAUCCUUUGUUGCAGUACUCUAUGGAGUUUCAAAUUGUUGUUUGAAAACAAUUUUUAUUUAUGAUUUGUUUCCCGGUGCUUUUAUUUAAUUGUCGAAAUGUCUGUCUGUUUUGGCGAAAUUCAAGAAAAAGUAUCCCGUGCAUUUUGGGACGAAGAAGAUGAGUUUGAUGAUGAUUCACAUGGAAAUUACUGUCCAGAAAGGUCAUGCAAGAUUGUUUGGAUGACAGACAAGAAUAUUUUGCAACGCAACUUCGAUGUGCUAUUAAUUGUGGAUGGAGCAUUCAUGAAAGGUGUGUUUGAGCAAGGAGUUGUCGCGAAAGCGGAUCCCAUAGCCAGAAUACUGGACGUAAAGUCGGCCAAGAAGUGUGAUGUCAUGGGGCAGAUAUUCUUCCAAAAUGACAAAGCGUUAGUGUGCCUCUGUGAAGAAAGCCUGGACGUCACAAACACUUAUGCAUUCACCAGAGAGGUUUUCCCGCUGAUGGCGCGCUGCAGGGAGGUGGUGGCGCUGACAUCUCGCAGCGCCGCCUCGUACCUGCACCACCGCGGCAAGGAGCUGCCCAUGUCCUUCCUCAGGCGGCUGCAGACGGACGCCUACCGGGGGGACCCCGUCUGCGAGCGGCUGGAGCAGCCAAACAUUGUGUCCGGCGUGCCGGCGCAAGUUCUGUCCUGGUGUCAGGCCCAUAACUUGCCUGCAGUCCUCUUCGUCUGCUACUCAGAGUCCGAUGAAAUUGACUCCAUGACCACGAAGCCUGUUGCGCAGCUGUUGUCGAAGAUGAAGUGUGCAAACCUGCGCUUGGACGUUGCCAACUUGCAUAGCGUUUACUCUGCGAAAGGCUCUUCAUUACUAUACAUGUGAACCCGAUGGGUGCUGGUGUAACCUGUGUUAUGCAUUAAUGAGUUCGUUAUAUCGUGGCAGCAUUGGAGCACUCAGUUCUCGUAAAUUUGUUUUUGUUCACCUACUUUUAGAGCAUUUGGUGUUAUAUUCUCCAAAUAUAACAUUUCAUGCGUUCUUUUCAGGCGGAAUACAGAUCUUACACUCUGCAAGUUAUGUUUUCAGUUUAAUUAUGUAGGUACUUUACAAACAUUUUAUAAUCAAGAAAUAUUUAUUAUUUUGCAAGUAUUUUGAAAUGUAAAUACCUCAAAUUUGAAAAUGUAUUGUUUUAAUUUAAAAAAAAAAAACAGUUAAUUAUAAUAUUCUGUUACCUAACCAAUAAAAAUCAAGCAAUUAUUAUACAAAGAUAUGUUCUGUAUAAUAAACAGUUUUGAAAUAUU